AAAAGUCAGUGAUUGUUGUCAAAAAUCACGAAAUUGAACGUUGUUGAAUGAUGAUGUGUUUCUAAAUCAAGUAAUAUAAAAAAAUUAAAUUUACUAAACUUUUAUUAUGUCGGUACGUCGUUGUUGACCUAAUUUAAAACUAGAAAAUGAAUUUCAACGCUUCAAGAAACGUGGGUGCAGGUGGGCCGCGCAAAGCCAAGCGUGUCGUCGAUGUCAAUGCCAUGGGGGCUCCAGCUCCUGCACCCUCCUUCAGUCCAAGUGCACCAUAUAACACAGGUUACGCUCAGAGUCCACCACCUCCUUAUCAGCAAGGGAUCCAGUUGGAUGGAGGGCAGGAGUUUGGCACUCCUGAACCUGCUGGAAAUUUUGGUUUCAUGGGUGGGUAUCCUCAGUCACCAAUGCCUGCACCAGGCAACAUUGGCGCCAUGCUUCAUCAACCUAUUGUGCAGGACAUGGCGAUGCAGUACGGCAACGCGCUGGCGGCGCAGGGGCGCGAGGCGGUGCAGCGCGAGCUGGGCCGGUUCGUGGCCGUCUCGCGCCUGCGCUACUACUUCGCCGUCGACACCAGCUACGUGCUGCGCAAGCUGCUGCUCAUCCUGUUCCCCUACCGGCACAGCGAGUGGAUGGUGAAGUACGACCAGGAGACGCCGGUGCAGCCCCGCUACGACGUGAACGCACCCGACCUGUACAUACCGUCCAUGGGCUAUGUCACAUACGUGCUGCUGGCUGGCUUUAUGCUCGGCCUCCAACACCGCUUCUCUCCGGAACAGAUCAGCAUCCAAGCGUCCAGCGCACUGGCUUACAUCAUCUUCGAGAUGGUGUUGUACCUGGUGACGCUGUACAUCACGAGCACCGGCACCGCGCUCAAGACCCUCGACCUGCUGGCCUUCUCCGGGUACAAGUACACGGUGAUGAUCGUCAGCCUGCUGGGCGCGCUGGCGCUGGGCGGCGUCGGCUACUACUGCUGCCUGGCGUACUGCAGCGCUGGACUGUCCUACUUCCUGGUGAAGACCCUCCGCCUCCAGCUGCUGGCCGGCUCCCCCCAGCCGGCGGAGCAGCCGAGCUACAGCUACGGCUACCAGCCCAACCCGUACGCCGAGCAGUGGAGCAAGCCGGGCGGCACUAAGCGCCGCGUCUACUUCCUGCUGUUCGUGGCGCUCACCCAGCCGCUGCUGUGCUGGUGGCUGACCCGCCACCUGGUGCCGGCCGCCGCCCUCGCCGCACCAGUGGCCACGUGAUAGUGAACGUGAACUAAAGUGAAUGUGAAGUGAAAGUGAAGUGAACAUUUCCACAUCUAAAGUAGACCUAACAUACACGCCAUGACAUAGCUUGUGGAUUGAUCUCUCAUAGUAAAAUGCACAACCAUGUAGACAAUUUCACUUAAAAACUGGCAAAUUUUGCUAUGACAGUUUUAGAAUUAUUGGUAAAGAAGAUUAUACCUAAAGGCCUUUUAAUUAAAUUUUAAAUGUUUUAAAUAUAGUCCAAUGUUCAAUAAAAUCACAAAUUCAGAGCUAAUUCAAACUUAUGGAUUGAGUUUAAGGUUGAAUUUGCAAAUGCGACUACUUGGAUUGAGUGCCAAAAGACAGAAGCCAGAAGUUGGGUUUGGCACUCAUUGAGUGGGGAUGUUUUUUGAUUGUUGAUUGUGCAUCCACUUUUUAACAUGAGAUUGAUGACCUUGUGAUAACAUAUCAACCCGCAACACAACAAAAGAGAGAGAGAUAUUGCUGGUUUGAUGCUAUUGGUUGAUUAAUCUUCACAAGAUAUGUUAUAGCGCCCAUGUUAGACCGACAGACUUGGAUGAAAUUGUCGGUGAUAGCAUAAGUACACCAGUGCUCUGCAAAUUUUUUGUCUUAAAAGUACACUAUAAAGAAAGUUUACCUCGAAUUUGAAACACGUAAAAAUUAAUGCUUAUUAAAUAAUGAAAUAAAUAUUAAUAGUAAAACAAUGAUUAAAUAAUAACGGGAAUGACAAUUUUAUAACUUAUUUACAUACCUACCAAAUGUACAAGAAUUUGAUUAAAAUUGGUUGAGCCAUUCCAGAGGAGAAUGACAAACACUGAUUUUUACUGGUCCAAUAAAAUAUAUGAUUAAUGUGACUAAAUCGAAAAUUAAACUUAAAUAAAUACUUAUUCACAUAUAUGCCUCUAGAUCAUUUACAAAAUUAAAUUAAAACUUGGAAAAUCAAUUAAAAAUUUAUACAUUCUUUAGGCUAAGAGACGCAAAAGUUAUUUCUUAUUGGAACUUUGAAGAAACUGUUUUUUAUUUACAAGUUAGUCCUUGACUACAAUCUCACCUGAUGGUAAGUGAUGAUGCAAUCUAAGAUGGAAGAGGAUUUGUUAGCAGUAGGAUGUAAAUCUACACUGUUUCAACACAACAUCAUACCGGAACAUUAAAUCCCUUGGGGGUAAGACUUUGGCGGUAAGGUGAUUCUAUUACUACUUUAGAAUGAAAAGCGAUUAUUUUUGCUAUUUUCUACAAAAGCAAGAAAUAAUAACUUUACUUACUGUAUUGGGUCUUCCAAAGUAUAGCUUUAUGGAUUUUGGUUGAUGAGGAAAAGUUGUGAAGGAUUUGAUGUUGGUGCAAUUUUAUGUAAAGCAAGUGAUGUAAAGUGCAAUGAACUGUAGUGACAAAAAUAAUAAUUAGCACAUGGGACUGUUAGCUAUACAAGAAAACAGUUAAUAUUGAAAAAACAUUGUUAACUUCUUAUUAAAUAUUGUUGUCAGGACAUUUGUAGGAAACAUAAAUAAAAUGAUUUGAAUCAGGAUUGGUAAAGUGAAUGUUCAUUGUUGUUUUAACCAAAGAGUUAAUUGUGUAAGCCUGGUGAAAACCAAUAUACGGUUCAUUCCAACACUCCGGGCAUCAAAGAAUUUAUAAUAUUAGAUGUCACUAGCGCGUACAAACUGAGACAGACAUCCAUGAAAUCCAUGGUUUCUGCGGGAUUUGUGAAAAACUGAAUUUCACGCGAAGUCGCGGGCGUCCGCUAGUUGUUUAUAGAUAUCAGUCAACUAGGUACUCUGUUUGUAAUUUUUGGACUUAAACAUCAGUUACUUAUACUAAUAUUUAAUCAAGUCCAUACAAACUAAUUAUUAUAAUAAAUGUUUUCGAAUGAUGAAUAAUUUAUUUAUUUUGUAAUUUUUCAAGGUUUACUAUUUAAGUAAUGUUGCCGCUUGAAUUUUCUGUUUUUCGCCUAAAAUAGCAAAACAAGUCAAUUAUUCAUUAUGAAACUUAACUUCUGCUAAUAUAAUUUAUAAUUAUUAUUUUAAUUAUAUAAUUGAGCCUUUGUUACAUUAUGCUUUUAAGUUAUAAUAUUAUUAAUUUGUUAUUGGUUUAAAUUUUUAAUACAUCAACAAAUUUUAAAAUAAAUUCACUUAGUAAUCUUAUUAUGUUUUCUCAUUGAAUCUUGUUUACCAUAUAAAUAACUAAGUAUCAUAAUGAACUAUCUUGUAUAAUUUUGUUUAGCAUUCAAAUAUAUUUGUAUGUAUUUGAUUUUCCCAAAAACUACUGAUUCAAUUUAAAUAACUCGGGAAAAUGUGUAUUUUUAAAUAACACCAUUUAAAUGGCGUUAUUAAAAAACAUAUUUUGCCAAGAUGAAAAAGCUCUAUGUUGCUUUUUGAAAAAUUAUAAUUUUUCUUAAAUUUUCAGAAAUUUGCUUUUUUAUAUUAAUAGAAAACGUAUUUUAUUACAUAUGCCUAUAUUUUGUAAAACUUUCGCAUUUAUGCUUUGGACGUCAAACAUUGUCUUAUGAAUAAGUUUGAAGGAAUAUUAAAUUAUGUAUAUAUACAUACUUACCAGCGGCGAAGAGUUCAUGCAAGCCGAUUCCCGUCCUACCUUUAAAAUUCCAUGCAUUUUCAUUGGUGUACUGUUGUGUGAGUUUAUAUCACGCUAUAUGAAUUUCCUUUUCUUUGGGACGGCUUACCUUCAUCUAAAUUCCAUCCUUCGCCACUGAUACCUACUUACUUGUUUAAUAUAAUAUUUUGUUUUAAGAAAUAAUUAUUAUAAUCUACUUACUCCUAAUUUCACUAAUAGACCUGGUAAUUUUUAACUUAACUUUAACGAGUGUUUCAAUUACUUAACUACAUAUUUUCUUAAUUAUUAUGUAAGUAUGUUUAAAUUACUAGGUAUUUUUAAACAAUUGUAUAGUUUGUAAUCUCUCGAUCUAUCUUUUUUUUUUUGUAUAUGACUAUUUUUUGUAUAUGAUUACAAAUGAUAAUAUUUUUCUUACCUUUAGGUACAGAUCUAAUUAAGCUACUAGGUGUACAUCUCGUGUACCGGAAAGGCUCGAACCUACGACCUUCUAAUGCCAGUCAAUACUUUUAACCAUUUUGUUAUUUCUCCUAUUCUAUAAUCUUAUCUAAGUACCAACCUAACACAUUCGUAACUAAAUUAUGAUGGUUCUUUGUUAUUGUUUUUGUAUAAUGAAGUGUCAAAUAUGACGUCACAACUUAGGUACAUUGCGCGCACUAUGACUUCAUUAUACAGAAUCUAGCCUUGGAAAAAUGUUGAAAUAUACAUGCCCAAAUUUUAUUCAAUUGAACCAAAACGAAUUUCAUGUUUAAAUUAUAUUGUUUAGUCACUGAGAUUAGUGAUUGUAUAUCUGCGACACGCUAUGAGGGCCGUUGUGAGAGCUUAUUAAUGACGAAAUGUUAAAAGACACUAAAGUGAAAAUAGUUAUUUCGAUGUACCUAUUUUUCAAACUAGACUACAAAUAAACACAAAAUUAUUUGCUUAAUGAUUGUUAGGAAAUUCAAAACAGCCAUCAUAUCGUGUCACUUAGUGCCUGUAAGUUAACAAGCUGUAGGACUGUUUUGUACUAAUUAAAUGAUUAAAGUAAUUUUAUAUGGCA